AUGUCGACGAGCGACACAGACAAGCAGAUCUCACCCACCACUAACCUCACCAAUCCACAGCGCCCCGCUGCCGGCACAGGCGUGUACAACCACGCUGCCGAACAAGAGGCUCAGCAGAAACGCACUACCCAGGUUCGUUCCUCUACAGCAAGGUCUAUGGCCGAACGCUCCAACACGGGCAAGAAAAAUGCAGCUGAGGAACACCAGCAUGGCGGCCUCGCAACCGCGCCCACCAGUGCACCUGUCACCACCGGCGAAGGCAACCCGCAUCAGAUGGUUGCCCAGCCGUCCAUCUUCUCGCUCGGCACUGGUGCGGAUGGCAACUACGAGCAACCCACCAUGAUGGAACGACGCGAGAGCAUCAUGAUCGAGGAGCAGCUGCCCGCCUUCAUGCAGGUCGACGAAAAGGAACACAAACAUCGCCACCACUACCGCGCUGCACUCCGACGCCGACUCGAGGUCAAGAAUAACAUCAUCGCAUUCGUCUCAGAGUUCGUCGGAACGGUUCUCUUCCUCUUCUUUGCAUUUGGUAUCGCUACUGAGGCGACCAAUGCCCGUGCCAGCAACCAGAACAACGGCCAGAACACAUCGCUCAGCCAGAACUCUCCUCCGGACACGUCGGCACUGCUCUACUCUUCGCUCGGGUUCGGGUUCUCACUAGCGGUGAAUGCUUGGACUUUCUACCGUGUUUCGGGAGGUCUGUUCAACCCUGCCGUGACCCUGGCUCUGUUCUUGACGGGUACGCUCGGCUGGUUCCAGCUGAUCCACUUGACGAUUGCUCAAUUUGCAGGUGGUAUCGCUGCAGCUGCCCUGGUUGAUGGUAUCCUGCCGGGUAGGAUCAAUGCGCGUACCACAUUGGCGAAUGGUACCAGCGUUGCGCAGGGCUUCUGGUUGGAAUUCUUCUUGACGGCACAGUUGAUCCUGGCUAUCUUCCUGCUCGCUGCUGAGAAGCACCGAGGUACGUUCCUCGCUCCUGUGGGCAUUGGUCUGGCGCUUUUCCUUGCCGAGCUCUUGGGCACCAACUACACGGGAGGCUCGCUCAACCCUGCCCGAACACUUGGACCCAAUGCUGUGCUUGGAGCCUUCGAAUCCUACGACUGGAUCUAUUGGAUUGCCCCCUACGCAGCAGCCAUCAUCACCUCCGGUUUCUAUCAGCUGCUCAAAGUGUUCCAAUACGAAUCGGCCAACAUUGGCCAGGAUUCGGAUGAUUCCAAGCAAGUCUUCAAGGACGCACACGGCAAUGUCAUCGGCGUGCUCGAGACUAUGGCCGCGUCCGAAUUCGCAUUCAUCAAGCAAGUCGCGAUGCCCGCAGAAAACGAAGGCACCGUGGUCUCCAACUCGAGCCACCAGGAAGGACUGACCGCCGCGGGCAUGGUGAAAAAGUCGCGCGAGGAGAGGGAGAAGGCUGCAGCCAUCGAUUUGGGCCCGAACUCGGUUGGCAAUGACGUUCCUUGA